AUGUUUGAUAAUUUUUAUCAAAAUCAAAAACUACUUCGCGAUGAACCUGAAGUAACCGAUUUUUUAAAAGCAAAAUUAGGAGUUAAUUUUGAUGGCACCGAACGUGAAUUUAUUGGUUUUAUGGCAAGUUUUUUGAUGGAGUAUAAUGUAAUGUCCUUCGAUAUCAACCCGAUAGACCCUAAUCACGAUGCUAUAAAAAAAGUUCUAAGGCCAGAUUCCCUUUUUGAACCAGGAAUUCAAGAUUCUGUUCGCCAAUAUCUUGAAAUCGCAUCCGAAGGAAGUACUGCAAUAUUCUCUUCACUGGUCGUAUCAUACAGAGGCUUUCCUAGCAGAGCUAAUGUCUUGAUGAAAAUGAUUAAUACUUUCUCCGAUCCGAGUAAAUUUAAUCCGGAAGAUGCAACGGCAAGAGGUCGUGAAGAAGGGAUCGAAUGUUUGAAGAAAGUUUUAAAGACAAAGUAUGAUGCCAAAAAAAUAGAUGAAGCUCUUACUAUAAAUGGCGGGUCUUUAAAUCCGGUGUUAGAACUUAUAAAUAAAGCUGAAUGGCGUAAAGUGAUAUAUGAUCUUUCAGAGAAAUAUCCCGAUAGUCAAUUUUUGAACGUUUUGAUUCAAAGAAUAGCUGAUCGAGGUUAUGUUGGUGAAAUAAAACAUCUUAAAACUGCGUCAACAUAUAUCGGAGUAUAUUCGAAGGUUUUGCUAGAUCAGUUUAAUACGUUAUUGAACGCAAAUGAUGCUAGUUUAUCUAAAUUUUUACCAGAUUUAGUGAAAACAGCAGGCCAGAAUCCACACACAUAUCUUUUUGUUCAAACGUUAAUGAAACGGUUGAUUCAAGUACCGAAUGGUUACCCAAUAAGGAAGUUGGCGAAAGAGCUUGAAAAAGGCGUUAUCGAUGGCCGUAAUGAUCUUGUGGUGACUUUGAGAAAUUUGUUAUCGGCUCCGCCAACUACUAUUGCAACAGCUAUACUACAUAUACCCCCAACCCCUGGAGAUGUAGUUGAGUUGCAUAAGCAUUAUAACUCUGCGACACCACCUUCUCCAAUAUUUCUACGCGAUCCUCAAUUACUUUAUUGGUUAUUGAAUAAUAUAUUCGUGCCUUCAGAUAAAAAUAAAAACUUGAAGCAAGAUCUUAAGGAGAAAUACUUAUAUUUGGCAGCUUUUGCCUCAAGUGCCAUAGAAUUAACUAAUGGAGAGAUUGAUUCUUCACAAGUAGAUAGUACCUUUACAACACUUAAAAAACUUGAAGCCGCUGUGUCUAGAAAGGGUGCAACGACUACUGAAUUCGGUAGUAUCGUCAAAGAAAUUUUAGAAUAUAUGGACACUCCGGUAGCUUCAAUGGCUUUGAUAUUUUGGAUUAAACACAUAUUACGCGAUACAUCAUUUUACGAGAAGCAUUUCAAACAUCAUGAAGUGCCGAUUCCUCAUUUGCUUCUUGAAGAGAUUGCAUUUCGUCACCCUUACCAACGAACACACGUUUUUAACGCAUUCAAAGCCGAAUUGGAAUCCAAUUCAUUGAAACUUACACCAGAAAUUAUGUUAGGUCUACGUCAACAAUUGUUGGAUCGUAUGAUUUAUUUGAUACAACUUGGAUUUGUUAUACAAGUCGUGUCGUAUAUUGAAAAGCAAGCGAGAAAAUUGGAUGAGAAAUUGUUGAUCUAUUUUGUUAAAAAGGUUGUUCAAAUGAGUGGACCACCUUAUUCGAAAGAUUUUUAUAGUAUAAUGAUAAAGCUGAUCGAACCCAUUGAUAGUACAUUAGAAGCUCAAUCAGAUACAAGAUUAUUGAUUAGACAAUUCCUUGGUGAUUGCCCUCAGGAAUUAAAUGACAAAGAAAUCAAUGAAUAUGUUUCUAAAUCAAAAAUAAGGUUCUCUAAUUAG